AGCAUCUCCAUGUCACCCAACUACCCUAAAUGGCUGAUGACCAAUUCUGUAACGGAGGGAGAGCCUAGAGUGGAAGAGUGUGUUGUAGCUAGUAUCCUGAGAGCUGUCUAUUUUUAACAUAAGCCCCUCACAAACAUCCCGUCGGCGUUUUUGCACAAUGUCCAUGCUAACAAUGACCAGAGGCAGCCCCGAUCAUAAAUAGAGAAUUCUGCCCCUUCCAUACCAUGAUAUUCACAAUCAGGCAGCAUUCACAAAUAGCAAAGUUAUUCAUCUCAUUCAGCAUGAAGUGUCUCCUCGCAAUCACUGGCUUUGCAGCCCUCGCGAUAGCAACACCAACUCUGCCACGGGCACCAACGCCAACAGGUCAAGUCCCCUCUCCACCAACAGUGGCCCAGCUUGGCUUCUACCAGAACCCAUCGUGCAGCCAUACAGGCACAUACUACUACUUUACCUACUGGCGCUCACAGUACGAGGCUCUGCUGGAGCAAACUGGCGGCUGCCAGAAUGUAUCUGAGCCAAUGGGGGGCUACGCGACGGCCAUUCAAGUGGAGCGUCAGGUUGUGGAGAACUGCAAAGUAACACUGUAUUCCAGCAAGGACUGCGAUCUUGCCAGUGAAGCCGUCGUUGCGAUUCCCGGGCCGAUGGUGUGCGUUCCUGCUGAACAGGGCAGAUCUUGGAAGAGUUAUUCAAUCAGAGAAUGCUCGGAUUGA